AGAUCGCCGUUCAAUGAAGAGGGCAUCAGAUUUAAGAAAAGCCCAUUCAAUGAGGAAGGGAUCCGAUUCAAGAAGGCCUUUGAAAACGAAGGCAUUCGUUACAAGAAGUCUCCGUUUAAUAACGAAGGCAUCAGAUUCUUGCGGAGCGGCGCCUGGGAUACAGACGGUUGGUUCAAAUGGAAUCCAUUCGCCAAGAAUUGGUUCAAAAGGAAUCCCUUCAGCGCUGAAGGCAUUCGCUUUAAGAAGAAUCCAUUCGAGAAGGAAGGCAUCCGAUUCAAGAAGUCUGUCUUCAAUGAUGAGGGCAUCAGAUAUAAGAGAUUUGCUUUCGAUGACGAGGGAAUACGAUAUAAGAAAUCUCCAUUUAAUGAAGAAGGCAUUCGUUUCAAGAAGUCUCCGUUCAAUGAAGAGGGCAUCAGAUUUAAGAAAAGUCCGUUCAGUGAGGAAGGGAUCCGAUUCAAGAAGAGUCCAUUCAAUGAGGAGGGCAUCAGAUUUAAGAAAUCGCCGUUCAAUGAAGAGGGCAUUCGAUUCAAGAAAAGCCCAUUCAGUGAGGAAGGGAUCCGAUUCAAGAAGGCCUUUGAAAACGAAGGCAUUCGCUAUAAAAAGAGUCCAUUCAAUGAGGAGGGCAUUAGAUUUAAGAAAUCAGAUACCGAUUACAACAAUAACGAUGAAUAUGUGAAUCGAGAAUCAGACAAAUCAAGUAAUUCUGCCGUCACUUCAGUCAACAAUAAUAAGAGCAAAAAGUCUCCGUUCAAUGAGGAGGGCAUCCGUUUCAAGAAGUCUCCAUUCAAUGAAGAGGGCAUCAGAUUCUAACAAUUCUAAUCAUCAUUAAUCCAGGCAUUCAUUUAUGAACAAAACAUGGUUUUUUGGUUGAAAAUAUAUAGUAAUUUUAUGAGUUUAUUGUAUUCUUAGCUUCAUUUUUAUCUUAUUUUGUAUUAAGUUUCUAUUUAUAUAUAAUAUUUGAA